CGGACGCAGGUUUGGGCCGUUCAUGGCUCAAACUCUCAGGAUUUCACUUCGGGACUUUUCUCAGGAGUUUUAAGUGUUUCCAGUAUGGAGGGAGAGCCCCUCUCCGCCCUGUGUACCCCUGCUCUGGUGGUGGAUGUGGACAAAGUGAAGAGAAAUGCCCAGAAGAUGAUCGAACGCUGUCAGAAUUUGGGGGUCCAGCUUCGGCCGCACAUGAAGACCCACAAAACCCUUGAGUGUGGAGACAUAAUGACGGGCGGGUCACGGAGGUCUAUCGUGGUUUCCACGCUGGCAGAGGCCUGUUUCUAUGCCGACCACGGAUAUGAUGACAUCCUCUACGCAUACUCUCUUCCCUUCGAUAAGGUUGAGCGCUGUGCAGCUCUGUCAGAGCGGCUGGAUCUCUUCCAGGUUUUAUUAGAUCAUCCUGACGCUCUGGAGCAGCUCAAAAAGAGACCGCUCAGGGACGGUCGGCUCUGGCACGUCUGGCUCAAGCUCGACUGUGGCAACGGGCGAGCCGGGGUCCCGCACUCAGAGCCUGGGGCGCUCCGAUUAGCUCAGGCCGUCGCCGGGACGGAGGGCGUGGAGCUGACAGGAGUGUACGCUCACUGUGGGAACAGCUACAACUGCAGAGGAGUGGAGCAGAUACAGGCCGUCGCCAAGGAAACCACCGACUUCACCCUGCAGUUCAUGGAAAAACUGAAGGCUGCUGGCAUCACCUGUAAGUCCAGCAUCGGCUCCACCCCUUCCUGUAGUCACCCAGUUAAAGACAUGGCGCGGCUCAGCGAGGUGCAUCCUGGAAACUACGUCUUCUACGACGUGCAGCAGUCUGUGAUUGGCUCAUGCAGUCUGGAGGACGUGGCUGUGAGGGUUUUGACGAGAGUCAUCGGACACUGUCCUCACAGGAACCAGCUCCUGAUCGACUGUGGAUGGGCUGGACUCAGUCUGGACGGAGCUGGAAAACUUCCCUCUGGAUCCGCUGUGAUUGAAGGACACCCAAACCUCAAGUUGUUGUCGAUGACCCAGGAGCACGGCAGAGUGGAGCCCCUCUCAGGACCGCUGGACUACAGUAAAUACCCGCUGGGCUCUCUGCUCACACUCAUCCCCUACCACUCGUGUGCAGCUGCAGCGAUGCAUCCCGUGUACCAUGUGCACUCUGAGGGCCACCUGCUGGGGAAGUGGACGCCGACACGUGGCUGGUGAGCAGCUCGCCGGCUGCUCGCCGUGUUAGGAUAGCAGGAGCGUUUCCUGGAGCUGCUCGUGUCACCUGUACUUCAUUCCAAACGUAUCAGUGUAAAGGUUUUUCAAAACCGCAGAUUAUGGACUUUUUGUAGACUUAUUCCCAAUUUUUAAAAAAAUCUGAAGCAACAUUGUGGAAAAUAUAGAAAAAAUACGCAUCUAUUCUUUUAAAUGAUUAAAUAAAAAAAGCUUUCUUAACGUGUUGUGUCUGCAUCAUGCAAGAAACGAUAUAGGAACACAUUUUCUCUUAAUUUUGCUCGUAUCCAGUUUGUUUUUAUUUUGUUAGUACCUAUUAAU